CUGGUCAUUUCAAGUCUUUAUUUAUUUUCCGAAGCCAUGUCUUAGUUGAUAUUGAUAUGUGCUUUGGGCUUAUGUGACAGUCCUCUUCAUUAUCAUCUUUUUUCAAGAGGGCAGUUUUGUGCCUAAAUAUCUGACUAUUAAGAGCUUUUCUUUUUCCACAUCUUUCUUGACAUGUACCCCUGGCCCAGAAUACGACCCCUGAUAUUCAAGUAAAUACUACAACAGCAGCUGAAUGUUCUCUGGUUUUAAUCAGAAUCAUUUUAACUGAUGCCAGGUGUUUGCCAUUCACCUACAGACCUAAUUUUAGAUGUGACCUGUAAGUUCUGAGGACAGUUAAAGCUCCCACUAUGAAAGGGUGUGGAGAUUCGUGUAAUUAAGGUGCUGGAGGGUUUAUUUAUUUAAAAUGUCCCCAAUUAUUAAAUGUUAUAGUUUUUCUCUAUUUGAUUGUGCGAGAAUUACUGUAAUAGAUGUAACAAGUCUGGCAAAUUCAUAAUUUCUCUUUAUAUUUUAAAAACCUGCAAUUUCAUAAGUGGUUUGUAGAUAUCCAUGGUACUUUAUUACAAAAAAAAGGUAAUUUUGAGUUUGAUGUCAGCAAGGGGUGACUCAAAAAGGUUGGGAGUGGUGUUGUUUGUGAGUGUAGCAUCCUCUCUGUUUUUUUUUUUUUGUAAUAUUGCAUGUACAUCUGGGAUCUCAUGAAACCAUUUGCUUGAGUUUUGACAUGGAAUUUCAUCCAGGAACUUCUUUGUUUUAUUUCUGCUUCAUGAUGUACCACAUCUUUUCAGUUGGUGAAAGGUCUGGACUGUAGGCAUGUCAGUUCAGGACCCAGACUCUUCUAUGAAAGUGAUGCUUUGGUAACAGAUGUAGCGUGUGGUUUAGUAUUGUCCUGCUGAAGAUCCAAGAAAAAGGGGUUGCUGGUGCUUCAUCUGCAGCCCUGCAGCUCUUUCAAUGAGGACACCAAAACAAUGGAGCCACAGAUGAAACGCUGGAAAGGGUCGCUGUGCGAUGCCGACUCCUGGGUCGCUUAUCCUGUCCUAUCAGAUGAGCAGUCACAAGACGUGGAGCUAGUGGAAGCAUUUGCUGCACCCAUUAUCAACAAAAAAGAGACGUCUCGACUUAUCAGAGAACUUAAUGGCCUCUACCCUUUGAAUGGCCUUCCGCAUCUCAAAAGGGUGAGGGCCUGCAGGGAGAAGGGCAGCUCUCACCCUUUAGAGGUCCUCGUGUGCCUCGUCAGUGAGGCCCCGGACGUGAAACUGGUCAGCAUCGACUCUCUGCUGUCCUCGGAUGGAGCUAAAUGGGAAGGAUUAGGUGAGCCUUUUGUGGUUAAGAUUCCUGCACGACCCCCGUUGACCCGACCACAGUUUGAACUCGCGAGCCAACAUUGGGCCACGUCAUUUCAUGAGGACAAACAGGUGACAGUUGCCCUGCGAGGAGAACUCUUCACCCCGCGUCAAAAAGCAACGAUGCACAUGUACAUGACGUCCGCUUUGACUGCUGGAAUAGCUGCAAUGAAGUUAGGCAUGGAGGCCGUCGGGGCCGUCAUCGUUGAUCCUGAGGAGGAGAGGAUCGUAGCGGUUGGCCAUGACUGUAGAGGUCACCACCCUCUACAUCAUGCAGUUAUGGUCUGCAUUGACCUCGUGGCUCGGAGCCAGGGCGGUGGAUGUUAUUGCUUUGACAGUUACAGUGAUUGUAGGUUUUCUUUGUCCGACUCAAAUCCAUCUCAAAAAGUCUCGGAUUCAGAGGCAGGAACUCGGCCGUACAUAUGCACCGGGUAUGACCUUUAUGUGACCAGAGAACCUUGCGUUAUGUGCACCAUGGCGCUGGUUCAUUCCCGGAUCGGCCGGGUGUUCUAUGGAAGUGCCUCAGCUGACGGAGCAUUAGGGACCAAGUUUAAAAUUCACUCCCAAAAAGAUCUGAACCAUCGUUUUGAGGUUUACAGAGGAGUCUUGAGAAAGCAGUGUGAAGAUCUUAACAGUGCGGAUACCCCCAUCAAAAAUGUAAUUUAGUUGGAUUAAAUACUAAGUGCAUGUUUCAAUAUCAAAUAUGUACCAGGAUAUAAAUGUAUUUUACAGAAGGACAGGAAAGUUUAAAUUGUUGGAUCUCUUGCUUUAAGUGUGUGCAGUUUAGAAAAAUGGUUCAUCUUGCUGCACUAUUUUAUUAUAUGGAUGUCCAUUUAUGUGGACAGUUCAGAGUUCUUGUUGACAACUUGGGCUCCCAUUCUUACAUUGUUUUGUGGGAAAAUUUAAGAUCCAAUAAUAAAUUCUUUGAAAGGACUG